CAAAUUCUCCCGUCGAAUUGGGAUCUCAAGUGCUGAAUUAUAAGCCCCUCUAUCUCCUAUUAAUAUCUACACACCUGUAUACAUCCUUCAUGUACCUCAGACGAAAGGUGCUCGCAGGCACCACCAUCUCCGGUAGCAUCGGCCUAGCAUUGGGGAUAUACCUCACAACCGCUGACAUCCACGCAAUCCCCCUAACGUCGACCGAUCCUAUUUUCACUUCCAAGUACUACCAAAGCUACAACCCCAAUAGCAAUCCGACAAUCCAUGACUUGCACAUCAUCAGGGUGCCAUUGAAUCAAAUCGAUCCCACACUCCUGGAGGAUCAGAAGAGACUACUUGAGAGAUAUUGUGGGGGAAUAUGGGCCGGUGCUGGGUUUGCUCCACAACGAGUCCUUCGCAAAUGGCUCGAUAAGCCUAACACGAAUGCAACCCAGCUUUGGUCUUCUUCCGAGCUUCUACGGUCAGAUUACAAGGUCGGCACCGACAUCGUCUCCGAAUUCGAGGUUAUCGAUCGGUCGUCAACUUCAAUCCUCAUCCGGGGAGGAGACAAAACUUGCAAUCGCGGUCUACGUCCCUUGGACGCGUUAAUCGAGGUUGCCGCUCGAGUGGACAAGGAGAACCAUGUAGCCGAGUUCGGGUUCAAAUCGCUCUUCUUCCAAGGAGCUGGACGAACGGAUAGGCUUCCGAUGCCGGGGGCUGUGGUGUGGCUGCAUGAGCUAUACGCAAAGAUUUUGUUAAAGUCGGGUGUACAAUAUGUUCUCAAAUAGAGCAAAUACGCUUAACUAUAUCGCCUGGCCCUUAGCGUCCCUUCUCUCAAUCUCAGCAGGGCAGCCCAGUCGUCAGGCCCUACCGUUCGUGACAUUGAUUCACUGCUCCUACAAAGUAUACUUACUGCCCGAAAAACAUGGGACCAAACAAUUGGGAAGGUCACGCGCAAUGAGACACUUGAACCGCCAGCCCGUGCAAUGACCCGCCAGCAGAACCUUUGGCUGCAGCUUCUUCAAAUCAUUCAUGGUGGCAUUCAAUUUGGCAUCGUCUGCAUCAGCCAAGUGAUAUCCGCCCACCACACAGUAUAAUGGGGUGCCAUUGCCGAGCUUGACUGCGUCGUGGCAGGUAUUCACGAUUCCAGCGUGCCCGCAACCGGUGAAGACCACGAGCCCCUUGC